ACUAGACUGUCUUGAAGAAGGCCCUUCCACCAGGUGCACAGUGCCCUGCUCCUCCAGGCCUGCCCACAUAACAUAUGAUUGCAGUCACCUGCGUGACGCCUUUCACGUCUACUCAUUAGCAUAAUACACGGAACACUGGGGACUGCACUUGUAAGUGGGAAGCCCAGGAGCAGGGGCCUGUGUACCCGGUGGAAGGGGCUACAGUGGGGAAUCUGCAGCUACUAGCAUCACUACGGGUGCCAAUCCUCCGUAUAGCAGCAGCAGCCCUGCAGGCGGAGCCAGGUCGUGUGACGGGUCAGCCCCCCGGGGUUAUAUAUAGAAGGGGGCACGCCGGCAACCGACGGUAUUGCUGCUGCUAGAAGCGCCAUGGAGUAUUCUGCGGGACCGGAGGAUCAGGAGCUGCGGGAGGCGCAGAGGGAGUACCUGGACUUCUUGGAUGAUGAUCAAGAUCAAGGCGUAUAUCAUGGGAAAGUGAGGGAUAUGAUUGCGGCAAAUGAGCAUCGCCUCAUUAUCAACUUGAAUGAUGUCAGGCGCAAAAAUGAACGCAGAGCAAACUUAUUGCUGAGUAACGCAUUUGGGCAGGUUGUGGCAUUCCAGAGAGCGUUAAAGGACUUGGUAGCUUCUAUUGAUGCAACAUACGCCAAGCAGUUUGACGAGUUCGGCAUUGGAUUUGAAGGCAGCUUUGGCGCGAAGCAUGUGUCUCCUCGUUCUCUGACAGCAGGUUUCUUGGGAAAUUUGGUCUGCAUUGAAGGAAUUGUAACAAAAUGUUCUUUGGUGAGACCUAAGGUUAUGCGAAGUGUUCAUUAUUGCCCAGCUACAAAGAAAACACUGGAAAGGAAAUAUACAGACCUUACAUCACUGGAGCCGUUUCCAUCUAGUGCCAUAUACCCCACCCAAGAUGAAGAAAACAAUCCUCUUGAAACAGAAUUUGGGCUGAGCACAUAUAAAGAUCAUCAGACUCUGACUAUACAAGAAAUGCCAGAGAAAGCCCCUGCAGGGCAGCUCCCUCGUUCUGUUGAUAUAAUUGCAGAUGAUGACUUAGUGGACAGGUGUAAACCUGGUGAUAGGGUACAGAUAGUGGGCAUAUACCGCUGUCUUCCAUCAAAACAGGGAGGCUUCACAUCUGGUACAUUCAGGACCAUUUUAUUGGCAAAUAACAUCAAAGCAAUGAGCAAAGAAAUUGCCCCGACAUUUUCAGGUGAUGAUGUUGCAAAGAUCAAGAAAUUCUGCAAAGCUCAUUCUAAGGAUAUCUUUGACCAGUUAAGUAAAUCUUUGGCUCCGAGCAUUCAUGGUCAUGAGUAUAUUAAGAAGGCCAUUUUGUGCAUGCUCCUUGGUGGUAAUGAAAAGGUCCUGGACAAUGGGACGCGCAUAAGAGGCGAUAUUAAUGUUCUGCUAAUAGGUGAUCCAUCGGUUGCCAAGUCUCAGCUGCUACGCUACGUGUUGCACACUGCUCCGAGAGCCAUUCCCACCACCGGUAGGGGAUCCUCUGGAGUAGGGCUAACAGCGGCAGUGACAACUGAUCAGGAAACUGGAGAGAGGCGUCUGGAGGCUGGUGCCAUGGUACUGGCUGAUAGAGGGGUUGUCUGUAUUGAUGAAUUUGAUAAAAUGUCUGACAUGGACAGGACUGCUAUACAUGAGGUGAUGGAGCAAGGUCGCGUCACUAUAGCAAAAGCAGGAAUUCAAGCAAGACUGAAUGCUCGAUGCAGUGUCCUUGCUGCAGCUAAUCCAGUUUAUGGAAGGUAUGAUCAGUUUAGGACGCCAAUGGAAAAUAUUGGUUUACAAGACUCUCUGCUUUCGAGAUUUGAUUUGCUUUUUAUUGUACUGGACCAAAUGGAUGCAGACCAUGAUCAUGAAAUUGCAGACCAUGUCCUGCGAAUGCACCGAUACAGGACACCUGGGGAGCAGGAUGGCUACGCAAUGCCUCUCGGGUGCAGUGUUGAGAUUUUUGCAACGGACGAUCCAAAUGCCUCAGACGUCGCUGAUCAAGACCUUCAGAUUUAUGAGAAGCAUGAUAACCUGCUGCAUGGCCCACGCAGAAACAAAGCAAAGAUUGUGAGCAUGCAGUUUAUACGGAAAUAUAUCCAUGUUGCUAAAUUGAUGAAGCCUGUUCUGACUCAUGAGGCUGCAGAUCACAUAUGUCAGGAGUAUGCAAAGAUCCGAAGCCACGAUGAAAUGAAUGACCGUGCUAGGACUAUGCCGGUCACUGCUAGAGCCCUUGAAACCAUGAUCAGAUUGGCUACUGCUCAUGCUAAAGUCAGAAUGAGCAAAACCAUUGACCGCCAGGAUGCUGAAAUGGCGCUUGAACUUGUUCAGUUUGCUUAUUUUAAGAAGGUCUUGGCAAAGGAAAAGAGACACAUUGACAAAGAUCCAGAUUUAAGUCAAGAAAUGCCAAGUCAAGAAGGCAUGAGGAAAAGUUCAAGGCAUGCAGGGAAAAUGUCUGACUCUCAAGACUCUAUGGACCCCUAUGCUUUUAGUCAGGAUGAGAACAGUCAGAGUGAAAAUUCCCAACGUGUGAAAACCCCACGGAAGCGGUCGGAAAGUCAGGGAGAGCUGAUAACAAAGAGUUCAUUAAGUCAAGCCAGAAUUAAAGAAUUUAAAGCUGCUCUCUUAAAAACCUUUAAGGCCGCGCGUUCACAAUCUGUAGCGGUAAGCCAGUUAUUGGAAUUGAUUAAUAAAGGAAAUCAUGAACCUUUUGAACUCUCUGAAGUCAAGCAAGCACUGAACAGUAUGCAGAAUGAUAACCAAGUCAUGGUUUCUGACGAUGUGGUGUUCUUGAUUUAAGAUGAGGCAAUCUCCUGUUCAUCAAUUUGUGAAUGAAGUAAAAUGUACUUUUGUAUGUGUAUUUAUAUAAUAAAAUGAGCUGAUGCACUGUA